CAUAAUUACGUGCGCCAUCUGCAUUUCUAGCACCUAACCUCACUUUUUGUAUUGAUCAUUUUUUGUAUAUAUAUCUUUCAUUCGUAUUUUUUUAUUGAGUUUAACUUUUUCUACUAUGUCGGGGUUGUUCGAUCAAAUUCAACAUUUAUAUGAUCAAGCUUUGUAUUCUAAUGUGAUUUCCUUGGCUAACUUAGUAUUAUCUCUGAGUGAUCACAAUAAUGAUCUUUUGCCAGUAAACACAAAGUUUCUGGUUUAUGUUUACUGUGCAGACUCCUACUUUUAUCUUGGAAAAUACAGAAGGGCAGAGUCUCUUUACAAGAAAUCUUUACAAUUUCGAAAAUGUCUUCUCAAAUCCAAGGGGACCAUAAAACCAAAUCAAGAAGGUCAAAAAGAAUUAGCUUCAGAUGUAGAUUUAAAGUAUCAAAUUUAUGCUUGCCUUGUUAAGUUGAAAAAUCCUCAAGAAGCUUUACAAGUGUUACAAAGUAUACCUGGAAAACAACGAACACCAAAGAUAAAUAUGGCUCUAGCAAAGAUGUUUCAAGAGCAGGGUAUGGAGAGAUCUGCAAUUGCAACGUAUAAAGAAGUUCUUAGGGAGUGUCCUUUAGCACUUGAGGCAGCAGAAGGAUUGUUGGCUUUGGGAGUAAAAGGCAUUGAAGUUAAUUCAAUAAUUAUGAGUUGUAAUUUGAAUCUACAAAGCUUUGACUGGCUAAAUACAUGGAUCAAGUCACAUGUUCACAUACAUAAUCGAGAAUACAAUCAUGCAGUGACAACUUUACGGUCUUUGGAUAAUAUAAACUGUUUAAGAGACAACUACAAUUUACUUGUGACUAUAGGUGAAUGUUAUUACUAUGCAGGCGAUUAUAAAAAUGCUUUAAUGUGCUUGAGACGUGCAAGAAUUAUUGAACCUGACUCAGCUAGAGGCCUAGAUAUAUAUGCAGCUGUACUACAACGAACUCACCAUGUGGCAGAAUUGGAAAAAUUAAUACCUUUUAUAUCUGGAAUGAAUGAGUAUUCAACUGAAGCUUACAUUGCGAUGUCAUAUGCUUUGUUUGCUCUGCACAAAUUAAGUAGAGCUAACACCAUUGCUAACCAAGCAAUGCAAAUAUCAUCCAAUAAUGUGGAAGCAAUUAUUCUCAGAGGUAACAUUCUCAUAGAGCAGAAAAAGUAUCAAGAUGCAUUGCAUCAUUUUCGUCAGGCACUGCAAUUAAAACCUCAUCGAUAUGAAGCACAUAAAGGAUUGGUUGACUGUUUUGUUGGUAUGCAUCGCCUUAGGGAGGCUUCAAAUAUAGCUAGUAGUGCUUACAAACAACUUGGACCGGCUCCAAGAGUACUUACGCUAUAUGCAUCAGUAUUAAUGAAAGAUCCAGUAACUGUUGUAAAGGCUAAAAAUCUUCUUGAGAAAGCGCUGAGUCAAGAAGAAACGUAUUUACCGGCAGUAUAUUACUUGGCAGAAAUUUAUGAGCAAGAAAUGAAUUUUGAGGCAGCCAUUGAUCUUUUGGAGAAGCAAUCUGAUGCACAAUCAACGUGUAAAUUACAUCAAAUGUUGGGUGAUCUUUGGGCGAAAAUACAUAAUGCAGAAAAAGCUCUUGACCAUUACGCAAUUGCUUUGAAUAUAAAUCCUGGCGACAGAAGAGUAUUAGAAGGUAUGCACAGACUCGAAAGUACAUCAAACACAAUGGAUUCUUCGUCCUAUUACGUGGCUGUUGGCGAUGAGCAUACAGAUCCCACUUACGAAGUUGGUGAAGGUUUACCAGAUACGGACAAUGACGAAGCUGCCGACGAAAGUGAAACCGAGGCAGUUUGGUCGGAUAUGGACUUAGAAGCGAAUAGUCAAUAA